UUGAUGCUGGUUUUCCCGUCAUGGAGAAGGCUUAUGGCGGCGAGAAGACCGUAUUCCGGGCCAGAACCCUUUCUUCAACUAAAAGCCUUCGCAAAAGCUCUCGGUUAACACUGACAAAGACAGAUCUCUCCUUUUGGACUGGGACCGAGUAAGAGUGUUCGACCGGGAGAUCGCACAGAUGUCUUUAAACAUGACAAAGCUGGAGAAGGAAGCCCAGGUGGAGGCCACAAGCAGGAAAGAAAAAGCCAAGCAGAGGCCUCUGGCCCUGAACACCGUGGAGAUGUUGCGUGUGGCCAGCUCUUCUCUGGGCAUGGGACCGCAGCACACCAUGCAGACAACCGAGCGGCUCUACACGCAAGGCUACAUCAGCUACCCACGGACAGAGACCACCCACUGCCCUGAGAACUUUGACCUGAAGGGUGCUCUGCGGCAGCAGGCCAACCACCCCUACUGGGCUGACAUGGUGAAGCAGUUGUUAGCAGAAGGCAUUAACCGCCCACGGAAAGGCCACGACGCCGGCCACCAUCUCCCCAUCACCCCCAUGAGGUCUGCCACAGAAGCCGAAUUAGGGGGUGACGCAUGGUGGCUCUGUGAGUACAUCACCAGACACUUCGUCGCCACAGUCAGCCAUGACUGCAAGUACCUGCAGAGCACCAUCUCCUUCAGGAUCGGGCCCGAGCUCUUCACCUGCUCCGGGAAGACCGUCCUCUCACCAGGCUUCACAGAAAUCAUGCCCUGGCAGAGCGUGCCCCUGGAGGAGAGCCUGCCCACCUGCCAGCGGGGCGACACCUUCACUGUGAGUGAGGUAAAGAUGCUGGAGAAGCAGACGAGCCCACCCGACUACCUGACGGAGGCUGAGCUCAUCAUGCUCAUGGAGAGGCACGGCAUCGGCACAGAUGCCAGCAUCCCUGUUCAUAUCAACAUCUGCCAGCACAACUAUGUCACUGUGGAGAGCGGGCGCCGGCUGAAACCCACCAACCUUGGCAUUGUCCUGGUGGACGGCUACUACAAGAUUGAUGCAGAGCUGGUGCUCCCCACCAUCCGCAGUGCAGUGGAGAAGCAGCUGAACCUGAUCGCCCAGGGCAAGGCCGACUACCGCCAGGUCCUGGGCCACACCCUGGACGUGUUCAAGAGGAAGUUCCACUACUUUGUCGACUCCAUUGCUGGCAUGGAUGAGUUAAUGGAGGUGUCUUUCUCGCCCCUGGCAGCCACAGGCAAGCCCCUGUCACGCUGCGGGAAGUGCCACCGCUUCAUGAAGUACAUCCAGGCCAAGCCAAGCCACCUGCACUGCUCCCACUGUGACGAGACCUACACACUCCCCCAGAAUGGCACCAUCAAGCUCUACAAGGAGCUCCGCUGCCCGCUGGACGACUUUGAGUUGGUCCUGUGGUCGUCGGGCUCUCGGGGCAAGAGCUACCCACUGUGCCCCUACUGCUACAACCACCCUCCCUUCCGAGACAUGAAGAAAGGCAUGGGCUGCAAUGAAUGUACACACCCCUCCUGCCAGCACUCGCUGAGCAUGCUGGGCAUCGGCCAGUGCGUGGAAUGCGAGAGUGGGGUGCUGGUGCUGGAUCCCACCUCGGGCCCCAAGUGGAAGGUGGCCUGCAACAAGUGCAACGUGGUGGCGCACUGCUUCGAGAACGCCCACCGUGUGCGGGUGUCCGCCGACACCUGCAGUGUCUGUGAGGCCGCCUUGCUUGACGUGGACUUCAACAAGGCAAAGUCCCCACUCCCGGGUGACGAGACACAGCACAUGGGCUGUGUCUUCUGUGACCCCAUCUUCCAGGAGCUGGUGGAGCUGAAGCAUGCGCCCUCCUGCCACCCCAUGCACCGCGGUGGACCAGGGAGGAGGCAGGGUCGAGGGCGGGGCCGGGCCAGGAGGCCCCCGGGGAAGCCCAACCCCAGGCGGCCCAAGGACAAGAUGUCAGCCCUGGCCGCUUACUUCGUAUGAUGGCCCUGCCCUCCCUCAGGCUGCGGUGCCGUGCAGACACCUCAUGCACUUCAAACUAUUAAAAUGCAUUUUGUCUUCUCCUGA